UUACCCAGUUUCCGGUCAUCUUCGCCUUUAUCAUUUCUCAAAGCAAUCUUUUUUAUUCUCCACUACCACUUGUAGCAGAAAUAAUACUAUUGUCACUGCCUGCCAAUACCGUCCAUCGAUCAGAACCAGAUCACUCAAAACGACCGGAGAAAUUGAGCAAAACGACCAUACACGCAUGGUUAUGUGAUCCUUGGGGCAGAAUUUCAAAUUGAUUUAGGGCUAAAUCAGAUAAAGAAACAAAUGUCACAGCACCAUCAGAUUAUAAGCGAGACUUCCAAUGCUAGUGAUAUUCCAGUGAGUGAAGUGUAUUGGUCUCUGGUGGAGAAAGCCGAUAAGAAGUUCUCUAAGAUCAGAGACUUGCCCUAUUAUGAACGAAACAGGUAUGAUACAUAUUUUUAUAAGGUAUUCAAGGUGUAUACACAAUUGUGGAAGUUUCAACAAGAGAAUAGACAGAAGCUUGUGGAAGCUGGGCUCAAGAGAUGGGAGAUUGGGGAAAUUGCAUCUCGAAUUGCUCAGCUCUAUUAUGGGCAAUAUAUGCGGACAAGUGAUGCUGGUUAUUUAUCAGAGUCGUACAUAUUCUAUGAAGCAAUAUUGAGUCGAGAGUAUUUCAAGGAUGGUUUGUUUCAAGAUCUCAAUCUUGCAAACAAACAACUGAGAUUUUUAGCCAGGUUUUUAAUGGUCUGCUUGGUUUUGAAUCGACGUGAAGUGGUGCAUCAGUUGGUUAAUCAACUUAAAAUGUUGGUUGAUGAAUGCAGAGGGACAUUUCAGGAAACUGACUUUAAAGAAUGGAAGCUGGUGGUUCAGGAAAUAAUUAGAUUUUUGAAAGCUGACACAGCUUUUAUGAAUAUCAGGCCUUUAAGAUAUAGUCUUGUACUAGACCCUCAUCCAGAGUCACUACCACGCAUUGCAACAAGAAGAAACUUAAGAUUACGAGAUGCAAUACUUAGUAGCUACCAUCAUAAUGAGGUUAAGUUUUCAGAGCUCACUCUAGACACCUUCAGGAUGCUUCAGUGCCUUGAGUGGGAACCAAGUGGUUCAUUUUACCAGUCAAAUAGUACAAAAAUUGCUCAGAAUGGGGGUCCAGGGCCUAGUCGCAUCAACUACACCCAGGAUAUAACUGAUCCUACCUUACCUGCAAACUCACGGAAAACUGUCUUGUAUCGUCCUUCUGUGACACAUUUUUUAGCCGUGCUGGGUAUGAUUUGUGAGGAGCUACCUGCUGAUGGAGUUCUUCUAAUAUAUUUGUCAGCUUCAGGCAGGGUUGGACAGACUAUUUCAUCUGCCUCAGCUGCUGGAACUUCUCUCAAUGCUGCUGAGAAUGUUGUGAGGAACUUUCAAUCUCAUACCAUUUACUCAGAUGCAGCAUCGACAUCUCCAUUCAGUUCUAGUAAUUCUUUAAAUCCAUCAUCAAGACGGAGUAAAGGAGAGUGCUUGUAUUUUGGUGCACGUGGAAAUGGAGGAUUAAACAGCAUUUACCCUACUGAUUUAGUUCCAUUUACAAGAAAGCCUCUAUUUAUAGUUAUCGACAGUGAUGUUAGUGACGCAUUCAAAACAAUAAGUGGAGCUGAAAAAGGAGAGCCAGCUGCAAUCCUCAUAUCUCCAAGCUGUUCAGUUUCCCUCACUGCUGCUGAAUCCUCUCGUCACCAGAGUGGCAGUCUCUUCACUCUUUUUCUGACUACUCCUUUGCAGGCUUUUUGCCUGUUGAUUGGUUUGUCAGGCUCUGAUAUUGAGAUGGAGACAUACGACAAGGCGGAGAAGUCACUUUUUUCAUCCUUGAAUGACUGGGGAUCAGCUUUAGCAACUUUCGACACUCUAGAUCCUGUUUGGGCACAAAUUUUAGGAGAUCCUUUCCUUAGGCGACUUUUAUUGAGAUUCUUAUUUUGUCGGGCAGUGUUGACACUGUAUGGACCAUGUUUUGGGAAGAAGGAAUAUCAUCCUGAGUGUGUGCCUUCCCUUCCAGCACCCCUCCUGCCAACUGCCACUGCAUCACAAACUGUGGUUCUGCAAAUGGCCCAUAUUUUUGGUGCAACAAAGAAAUUUAUUUUCUCUGAAGGAAUUGUACUUCCUGAACAUAAACAGAGUGACCUGGAGAUGACCUCAGCCCCAUGAAAGCACAUUUACAUUUUGGAGAAUUAGGAUUUGAUGUAAAGUUUGUGAAAUUCCUUCUGGGUUUGAUUUGUUUGUUAUUGGUUUCUGCAUCAUUUCUAAUGAAUCCCGCAAAAUUCUGGAGGACGAAAAUUUAUUUUAAA